AUGAAGAAAGCAGAAGUUGUGUUCAUCCCUUCUCCUGGUGUUGGUCAUCUAGUUUCCACCCUCGAGUUCGCGAAGCUUUUAAUUAACCGUGAUAACCGUCUCCGAAUAACUGUUUUAGUUAUCAAAUUUCCACACACCACAGAAACUGAUGUCUACACAAAAUCACUUCCGAAAUCCGAUUCUCUCAACGUCAUCAAUCUUCCAGAAUGUUCUCUUCCUCCAAACUCAAGUCCAGGUCCUGCCAUGAACGCUCUGCUGGAAGCUCAGAAACUAAAUGUCAAAGAAGCCGUCUCCAAUCUCACUACCAGAGAACAACACGGACACCUCGCUGCCUUCGUUGUUGACAUGUUUUGUACCAACAUGAUUGAUGUUGCAAAAGAAUUUUCUGUCCCUGCGUUUGUGUUCUUCACUUCCGGGGUUGCUUUCCUUGGCUUGAAUCUUCAUAUUCACAAUCUAUUUGAACGAGAUAACGUUGAUUCCACUCAGUUGCUGCAACUCACAGAAUUGGCUAUCCCGAGUUUCGCUAACUUGGUUCCUACAAAAUCAUUGCCUAGUGCCGUGCUGCGCAAGGAAUAUGAAUCAUUUUUCAUAGGCUAUGCCAAAGGUCUCAAAAAUGCUGAUGGAAUUAUUGUAAAUUCAUUUGAAGAGCUAGAAUCGCAUGCAGUUCACUCAUUUUCCUCUCAUCCGGAUCUAGUUGGUUUACCGAUAUAUCCGGUGGGACCAAUACUAAACCCAGAGCCCAAGACCAAGGACGCUGAUGAUAUCAUCAAUUGGCUUGAUGAUCAAACUCCUUCCUCUGUAGUUUUCAUCUGCUUCGGGAGCAGGGGUUCUUUUGAUGAGGAUCAGGUUAAGGAGAUUGCACUUGCCGUUGAGAAUAGUGGUGCCCGUUUCGUGUGGUCUCUACGUAAACCGCCACCAAAGGGCACCAUGAUACCACCUACUGAUUACCUGCUUUCUGAAUUGGUUUUGGUUUUACCCGAAGGGUUCUUAGAUCGAACGGUAGAGAUUGGAAGGGUAAUUGGAUGGGCUCCACAAGCCCAAAUACUAGCCCAUCCAGCCGCAGGAGGAUUUGUUUCGCACUGUGGUUGGAAUUCCACACUCGAGAGUAUUUAUUUUGGUGUGCCUGUUGCCACGUGGCCACUCUUUGCUGAACAACAGACAAAUGCUUUUGAAUUGGUGACCGAGUUGAAAACGGCUGUGGAGAUUGCAUUGGAUUAUAGAGUGGAAUUAUUUGGGGGGCCUAACUAUCUUUUAACUGCCGAUAAAAUUGAGGGAGGAAUAAGAAAUGUGUUGGAAAAGGAUGGAGAGGUAAGGAAGAAAGUGAAAGAUAUGAGUGAAAAAAGUAGGAAAACUUUGUUAGAGGGAGGAUCUUCCUACAAUUAUUUAGGUCAUUUGAUUGAUAAUAUUAUGAAUCAAAUAUCAAAUUAAAUUAUCCUAGUACCAAAUUUCAAAAAGGUUAGAGGCUAUUUGUUAAACAAGUAUAUUUCAAAGCUUUCAACCAAUGAUUAAUCAUUGUUGCAGUGUGUAAUUGCUGAUGAUCAAAUAUAUAUAUAAUUUUGACACAGUCAAAAAUUGAACUUAUAAAUUGUUUAAUUUUGUAUAUGCAAGAGGCAUGUUUGUAGUUCUUUUUUAGAUUGUUUUUUGGUUUCUGCUUAGGGAAUUAUUACUCGCUAUUUAUUUAUUUUGUACUACAUAUUUUUUCGAGUAUAUUAUGCCUGUU